GUGCGCACGUGUUGUACGGGAAUAAUUUCAUACUAACCUAACAAUUAUUCACGUCAAAAUAUCUUUCGAUUUAUAAAGUGCAUUAGUAAUUUAUACAGGUUCUUUUAGAAAAUAAAUAAUUUAUUGUAAUGGCAAUGCAGGUUCCUACAAAUGUGGAUUCUGAGCAGAUUAAAGCCUUUCGAGAUUUCCUGACGUCCUAUAACAGAUUAUCAGAAGUUUGUUUUACUGAUUGCAUAACUGACUUUACUGGACGGGAUAUUAAAGCAAAGGAAGAAAAGUGUGCACUAAAUUGUAUGGAGAAGUACUUGAAGAUGAACCAAAGAGUGUCACAACGAUUUCAAGAGUUCCAAAUGAUUGCUAAUGAAAACGUAAAGGCAGCUACCAAAAAAUUAAGUGAAGGUAGAUAA